CUAGUUUCACGUUGAUCUGUAUAUUGAAGAAACUUAAACAAUGAAACUAUAGAAUAAACGAAAUAUGAUUAGUUUUCAAAAUGUCGUCUGACGAGGACGACGUGAUUUUGCUUUGGUGGUGGGCACGUCAAAAAAAAAUUUCAAAAAAACGUCGUUAUUGGGUACAUCCGAUAAAUGUAUCUAAUAUAUGCUCUAGUACUAGUGUUGUUGCAAAUGAAUUACAUAGUGAUCCAGAUAAAUUUAAAACAUUUUACCGCAUGAGUAAAAGUAAUUUUGAUAAUUUAGUACAUAUAGUUGGACCAAAAAUCUUCAAAAAAGAUACAAACUUCAGGAUUGCAGUACCAGUAGAAGAAAGAAUUUUAAUUACAUUACGAUUUUUAGCCACUGGGUGUAAUUUUAGAGCAUUGGCUCAACAUUUUAUGAGAGGAGAGACUACUGUUGGUAAAAUAAUUGCAGAAACGACAGAAGCUAUUUGGGAGUGUCUACAACCUACCUAUUUACCAGUACCAAGUUUAGAACUAUGGAAAAAUAUUGCUGCACGUUAUAAUCUAUUAUGGCAACUACCCCAUUGUUUGGGCUCAAUCAACGGCAAACACAUACGCAUAAAAAAAUUCAAUAACACAGGAUCAAGAAAUUUUAAUUAUAAAGGUUUUUUUUCAAUACAACUACUUGCUUGUGCAGACGCAGAUGGCUGUUUUAUCACUGUGGAUAUUGGAGAUUUGGGUAGAAAUAGCGAUGGAGGUGUGAUAGAUUAUCUCGUUUGGGUAGAUGGUUAG